AUGGCGGCCGCUGAGCAUGUUUCCCGCCGUUCUUCUUUCUUCAAUCCACCGCGGAUCGCCCUUUCAAACGGCGACCUUUCAAAAUCUCUUUUUUACUCCGCUCACGAUGUGUUCAUUCCUCAAAACCUCACUUAUCUAUCUAUCUAUCUAUCUAUCUAUCUAUCUAUCUAUCUAUCUAUCUAUCUAUCUAUCUAUUGUUUGUCUGGCUCACUACGUUUAUCUAUCUAUCUAUCUAUCUAUCUAUCUAUCUAUCUAUCUAUCUAUCUAUCUAUCUAUCUCUCUCUCUCUCUAUAUAUAUAUAUAUAUAUAAGCUUUAACGUGAAUCUAUCUAUCUAUCUAUCUAUCUAUCUAUCUAUCUAUCUAUUGAUUAGCAAUACGUCUACGGAUUUAUUUCAAAAUAUGGACAUUAAGAGCAAUCAAGAGAUCGGAUUUGUUAAAUCUAUCUAUCUAUCUAUCUAUGGCAGCCUGUUCAUAUCUAUCUAUCUAUCUAUCUAUCUAUCUAUGGCAGCCUGUUCAUAUCUAUCUAUCUAUCUAUCUAUCUAUCUAUCUAUCUAUCUAUCUAUGGCAGCCUGUUCAUUAUCUAUCUAUCUAUCUAUCUAUCUAUGGCAGCCUGUUCAUAUCUAUCUAUCUAUCUAUCUAUCUAUGGCAGCCUGUUCAUCUAUAUCUAUCUAUCUAUCUAUCUAUCUAUCUAUCUAUCUAUCUAUCUAUCUAUCUAUCUAUCUAUCUAUGGCAGCCUGUUCAUUAUCUAUCUAUCUAUCUAUCUAUCUAUGGCAGCCUGUUCAUAUCUAUCUAUCUAUCUAUCUAUCUAUGGCAGCCUGUUCAUAUCUAUCUAUCUAUCUAUCUAUCUAUGGCAGCCUGUUCAUAUCUAUCUAUCUAUCUAUCUAUUCAUCUAUCUAUCUAUCUAUCUAUCCUGUUCAUUAUCUAUCUAUCUAUCUAUCUAUCUAUCUAUCUAUCUAUCUAUCUAUCUAUCUAUUUCUUUCUGAGUUUGAUUCUUUCUUCUUACUUUCGUCAUCCUAUUUAAUUUUCUCUUUUUUCCUCGUAUUUAUUCUUUCUUUCUUUCUUUCUUUCUUUAUCUUAUUGAUUCUUUUUUCUUUCUUUUUCUCUUUGGUUCUUUCUUUUUUAAGUUUGAUUCUUUCUUCUUACUCCAUUCUUUUUCUUUUUCGCUUUGUUUUUCCUCGAAUUGAUUCUUUGUUCGUUUGUUUGUUUGUCUGUUUCUUUCUUUUUUUGUCCCCAAGACGUCGUAUUCCGUUUUCUUUCGAAAGCGUUUUUGAGCGCGCUUUCUUCUUUCGUGUUGCACAACUGGGAAAACGCUUUCCCGUCUUUCUGUCCUCUCGCGUCGCCACCAAUACAUCAUAUUUUAUGAGUUAUGGCCCUUACCCAGAUAAAAAGUCUCACAUAUUAAUGGAACCUCGCUUAAGGGACGUUCAAAGACGGGCUACCAUUUCACUAAAAUCUCGAAUCGUGUCGUGA